AGUGUCUAAAAACCCCAACAUUAGAUAACAAGUGUUUUGGACCUAAGCUACUAAACGCGUAGAAAUAAAAUAAAUAUUCCAGUGACAAAUAUUAUAGUUCAGUGAAUAAAAUAGACAAAUAAUUUCGAUAAAAAAAUAUGUUAUAGCGUGUUUACAAAUUAAAAGAAUGACAAUGUUAAUGAUGGAACGUAUUGUUACAAAUACCAAUCACAGUUCGCAAGAAGAUAAAGAAAAGAUGCAUCAAUCCGAGCAGCAGAUUUUCCGAAGAAAGGCUAAAAGAAAAAUUGACGACACCAGAGAUGUCGAAAUGUGCGAACAUUCCGACGAAGAGGAUUUAACCGUAGACGUUGAAAACGACGACACGCUAUGUCCCGUCGAUUUAACGCGAAGACAAGAAAACUUUGGUUCUUUCGAUAAUUUUCACAAGACUGACUCUAACAGUGACUUUUCCAGUUUUAAAGACGAUAGAAAAAGCCCUAAAAGUGUUUGUAGUGAUCAUAGUAGAUCUAGGAGUCCUAGAGACCAAAGUCCUUCGGUAGUGCCUAUACAGAAUAGACGUUUAGCUUUUUCCGUUGAAAAUAUUCUAGAUCCUAAUAAAUUUACGGGUAGGCAGACUGUUUAUAGUGACGGGUUUUGUUGUUGGAAACCUUUGGACGGGUCCAGAUCGUCGCCUGAUUACGAAGGCAGUGAUGCAGGAAAAGAUCAUCAAUCAGACGACGAGGAAGACCUUCAGAGCGAUAUUAGCGAUGAUAACAAAGACCCUUCUAAAAAGAAGAAAAGCGAUUCAAAAUCCCAGAAUUCCGGUAAACCUAGAAGAGCCCGAACGGCAUUUACGUACGAACAAUUAGUGGCGUUGGAAAACAAAUUCAAAACAACGAGGUACCUCAGUGUAUGUGAACGGUUAAAUUUAGCUAUUAGCUUAAGUCUAACGGAGACGCAAGUUAAAAUUUGGUUCCAAAAUCGGAGAACGAAGUGGAAAAAGCAAAAUCCAGGGAUGGACGUUAAUUCUCCCACUGUGCCACCUCCUAGUGUUGGGUCCAGUGGAUCCUUCCCGGGUUUUCAUCAUACGCAUAAUGGUUUGCUUUAUGGACACCAUGUGCCAUACGGGGGUGUUUACCCUUUGCAAACAACUAGUUCUGGGGGUUAUACUCCGUAUUUUCAUUUAGCUAAUCACGGGCAUAAUUUGGGAUCUUGAACUUGACGUUUAUCUUAAUUCUAGACAAAAAAGUGUUAGUGAUUUGAGGUAAUUAAAUAAUAUCUAUAUUUAGAAGGUUACAAUAUUUCUUCACUAUAAUUGAUUAAAAUGUACAAAUUCAUAUAACUUACUCAAUUUACCAGACUGUAAAGCAAUAAUAAUUGUAAUUAAUACUAAAAUAAACACACCAUUGACAUUUUUAAAUUCGUCUCUUAAUUUGUUACGUCUGAAACAAUACAAAACUAAUUUGAUUACUGAAAUAAACACCCAGAAAUAUUCAUCAACAUGGGUUCAUCAAAGAAGUUGCUAAUAUGAUAUUACCUCAACGUCCUUUUUCAUUUAUACUUUGUUAUUUGUUUCAUUUCUUUCUUGUACUUAGGUAACUUUUCCUUCAGAAGACUAUUUUUAAUGCCAAAAGACGUUCUUCGAUUCCGAGGUUGUAGAGCCAUAAGGGAAAAUGCACUCCAGAAUUGUGUAUCGGUGGAAAUAAAUUUAACUGUCAGAAUACUUGCUUGCCAUUUAAAUGUUGUUUUCAAUAUAUUCUCUUUCCAUUAGUGAAUAAUAAAACAAAUAUGUAGAUAUUUGAAUGUUUUAGUUAGUUUUACCAUUUCACUUCUUCUUUUGGCAUCAUAACCCUGGAUGGGUAUUUGCCUGUCUGGCUAUGUUCUUCCAUUCCGAUCUCUCUUGUGCCCUUCUUCUCCAUUGUCUUAUGUUCAUUGUUUACAGGUCGUCUUCCACGUCAUCCAACCAUCUCGUUCUGGGCCUUCCUUUUUUUCGCCUUCCUAUGGGUUGCCAUUGUAACAUUUUCUUUGUUGUUUUUGCAUCGUUUUGUCUCUGCACAUAUCCCAGCCAUGACAGUCUUUGACUUUUCACAAAUCUUUUACUCUUUUAAUCUUUUCACUCCCUAGUCUAAAUUUUGUCAGAAUAUAUUCCUAUAUUGUCAUGUCAUGUAUUCGGCCGUCUUGUUGAUUAAAAUUGGACUAUAUUUUCUUUUAUAGAUUUUGGAGCAUGUAACUUGCAUUGCCUUUAUCAGCUGUAAUCAAAACCUGUGUGUAGACUCUCAUUCCAAAUGGCAUACCUAUGCCCUCAUAUUUUCUUUUCCAUAUUUUUUGGAACUUUUCUAGUAAUAUUAAAAAAAAGUGGUAAGGAUAAGGCUUAGCCUAAUUAGUUCUUAGUUCGUUUGAUACAGCAAACCUUCUCUUGCACUGUUUAUCUUGUUAGAUUAAAGAAUCCAGUUUCCACUAUAUCUUGUGUUGCCUGGUAUAUUUUUCGGAGUCUGGUGUCAAAAUAUGAAUAAUAUAUAUUGCGUUCUUCUUAUCUUCUUCUUCUUCUAGUUCCAUAACCGUUAUCCAUCGUUGGAUAUCAUGUUAGCUACCAUAUUCGCUAUCGUGACUAUAUUGAGCUCUAAAUUACGAUGUAGUUGAUUUUCCAUACCAUUGCCUUAGAUUUUUCAGGCCUUUUAGAACCUAAUGAUGUUCUUCUUCUACCAGGACCACGAUUACCUUGGAUCUUUCCCUGGGUGAUCAGAUGUAGAAGAUCAUAUUUUUCAGGGUGUCUCAUAAUGUGACCGAAGUAUUCCAGCUUGCGUUUCUUUAUUAUAUUGACUAGUCGUGUUGUUUGGUUCAGCCGUCUAAGGACCUCCUUAUUUCUAACUCUGUCGACCCAAUUUAUUUUCAGUAGUCGUCUGUAUACCCACAUCUUAAAGGCUGUCAAGCGUAUAAGCAUAGCCUUAGUUAGAGUCCACGCUUUCACUCCAUACAGCAGGACAGGAAAGACGUAGCAAGAUAUCAUUCGAACUCUAAGGUCAUUGCUAAGAUCGUGACUGCAAAGUACGUUUCUAAUUUUUACAAAGGCAGCUUGGGCUUGUUCUAUUCGGCUUUUAAUUUCAGCGGUUGGAUCCCAGCUCUUAUUGAUAUUACUGCCGAGAUACACAAGUAUCUCUACUCUGUCCAGUGUGACAUCUCCGACUUUUAUACCGUCAUCCUGUAUAUAAUUUUGUUUGCGAACUAUCAUAUAUUUAGUUUUCCAUACUGAGUUUUAAUCCAUACUGAUCACAUGUCUGUUUUAUUUUGUUCAUUAGAUUUUGAAGGUCUUCUCCGCAAUUAGCAAGCAGUCUUCUUAUCCCAGUUUAUAAUAACUUGUAUAAACAAUUGUUAUAAAAAAAUUAAUAAUAAUAUAAAAGAGAUAAAAAAUAAUUUUAACAGUAACUAAUUUACAAUGCCACAAGAAAAUAGCUUCAGAACAAUAUAAAGUUUUGUUCUUUGAAAAAACAAAAAAAAGCUUUUACUUAAUUUUACUACAGCAACCACGAACACGUAAAAAAAACUGGUGGACCCAUCAGUAGAUAAAAAGCCACGGUGAACUAGUUGGCCAAUAAACUAUUAUAUUUUUUAUAUUUUUCCUUUUGUAUUCUUUGAUGUUACUGAAUUAUGGCCAGAAUAAAUGCCACAGCCUGAUUACCUCAUUUCUAAAUCUUUAAUUAAUCAUAACAUAUUCUAUUUGGCUCCCAAUUAGUUUUCUUUCAGUGACUUGGAAAGGACUUACGGGUCCCAUAAGCGUUCAUUAAUAUUUUCGUAUAAAAUCAUACUACUUUAUCGACGUUUUCAACCCAAAGUUUUGCGUUAAAGUUUCUCACGAUGGUGUUUUCUUUUUAUUUUUUGAAUUUAGUAGCCAUUCAAUUCUCGUUCCAACACUAUAGGAUAAGCCAAGUCUUCAGUGGAUUACCUUCUCUCUCGGAAUUUUCUGUAAUCUUUACACAAAAUGUAUAAAACUAAUUGUAUUCCCUCUGUAUUUUUAAACAGAUUGCACCAAAUACAGAUAUGUUUGAUAUUGACCCAUAUACUUAUUCAGUGUGUCGAUUUGAAAAGGUACCACCCUCUAUAAUUUGAUCCCUAUAGAAAAUAUGCAAAAAUACAUCAAAUUUGUUUAAAAGGAGGAUAUUUUGUAAAAUAGUUUUAACUAAAUUACAUCAACUCUGUAGCGAGGGAGCACACAACCCCCCAAAAUUUUUAAUAGAAAGGGAGGUUGGGUAAUACUUCAUUUUAAAGGUCGUUAAAUUAUUUCUUCUCGGUACUUUGAAAAAAUGAAGUAACCCGUAAAGGUAUUAAGUAUCGAAUUCAGAAUACGUGAUCUGGGAUUGCAACAAACAAAAUAGAGAAUCGCCGUAUUUUAGAUAAAGCAGUACAUUAAGAAAUUUUAGGCAUCUUUACUGCAGAACCCUCCACAUCACUUCAUAAUGUGGCCCGCAAGUAGCAAUGUCUCACGAAACUCUACGAAAACCACUAGUUAGAAGUAAUGGAUUUUGAAAAGAGCUAUGACCUUGAAAAUAACAGGUAAACUGGUGUACUGAAUCGGCAUGACCCCUGGCUCUUGUUAAAAUCCAUUACCUUUACAUAAACACAUUGUUGAUGAUAAACAUGUUAACAUGAAAAAUUGUCGCUAGUAGAAUGAUGAAUAUCAUUCAGUAUCACGUUAAACUAAACGUUUGGGCUGGUAUUUUUGGGAAUACUAUUCUUGGAACUUUAUACAUUGAGGAAAAUCUAACUAAUAUACUCUAAUUAAAUCUGCUUAAAAAAAUAAUAGACCCGUUAAUAACAACUACUUUGGAAAAUCAAAUUGAUGCGGUUGGUAGCAUGAUUUUGUAAGAAAAUCUGAUACACUUUUAAUAAGAUGGAGCCCCACCACAUUAGUUUCUUCCAGUUAGACAGUGGUUAAAUGAUAGAUUUCCUGGCAGAUGGAUUGGUCGAAGAGGAGUAAUACAAUGGCCACCACGAUCACCCGAGCUAGUACCUCUAGAUUUCUUUUCAUAGCGAUAUCCAAAGUUAAUUGUCUAUAAAACACAACCUUGAGAUUUGACAGAUUUAAAGGUAAGAACAACAGCUGCGUGUACUUCACCGGGAACUUCAGUCUGAAGUUUUUUUAAAUGUUAGAGAUGAGUUUAAGAGCAGGCUUUAUCACUGUUUAGACAACAAAUAAUGGACAACAUUUACCUAAUUUGCUUUUAUUUUUUAACAUUUACUUUUUGUGUAGGAAGUUACUUUUCAUUGAAUUUUUAUGUUUUAUUGCAAGACACUUUAUAAUUAAAUAUUCUACAGUUUACUUGAUCGUUCCAAAAUUACCGAGAAGAAAUAUAACGUGUGUGAUAUUUUUGAAAUGGUUUUUAAACGGUAUCAUUAAAAUAAGGUAUCGCUCAACCCCCCUUUUGGAGGUUGUGUGAUUAAUUUGAAAACUGGUCUACAAAAUGUCCCUCACAAAUAAAUUUGACGUGAUUUUGCAUAUUGUUCUAUAGGGGCCUAUGGGGGUUCUAUGGGGACCAAAUUAUAGAGGGUAGUACCUUUUCAAAUCGACACACUGUAUGUAUAUACUUCACGCUACAAAUAUUUUUCAUUUUCCUCUAUUUUGAAGUUAUUUUUAACUAUUUACGUCACAAAUUAUAUAAAUAUAAAAUUUCAUAUAAAUUUAUAUAAAAUUUUUAAAUUAAUAAUUUAAAAAUAUUAUAUGGGAGAUUUUACGAGAAAGAAAAUAACUUGGGAUGUACCUAUUUUAGAAUUUGAUGAUAAAAAUGCCGAUUAUUUGGUUCUUUGGCUUAUUGAUAAUAAUUAUAAAAUGGAAUAAAAACCUGCUUAAUUUCAAUAAUAUUUCUACACAAGUAACAUAACAACAAAUAUUUCUUUUUAACAUUAUUUUAAAUAAAAAACAUUGUUUAAUUACCUCAUAUCACAUAUACCUAAACGUGUAUGUAUUUGUGCCAUAAGACUGUAAAUAUCAAGGUGAUGCGUGACAAAAUACAAUAAUUUUUAUUUCAGUUUAAAAAAGAUACUAUGCAUUUAAUUACUUUGUUUAGGAUAAUGAAAUUGCUUAAAAAUUUUGACAAAUAGGAGAAAGGCAUCCAGAAUUUGAUAUAGCAAUGUGUAUUGCAGUUAACCCAGUGCAAAGAAAUUCUGUUUUCGUGGUUAGAUAGAUCUUCACUAUUUUGUAUGACUACUGUAUGCAUUGAAAAUACAAUUUGACAAGUAAUUUAUAUUGUAAUUAUUAAUGUAUCAGCGAAAAAAAUUGCCUAUCACGCAAAAUCUAAAAAACAAACAUUGAAUUAAAGAACAUAAACCUUAGAAAUUCAGUAUGUACCAUUAAAAGAAUCAGCUACCAAAAUAGGUUUAAUAAUAAACACCAACAAAACAAAGUCUAUGAAAAUAAGCACGCAACCACAAAUCCUACGACCAUUUGUCAUCGAAGCAGUGAACGAAUUUACAGAAUUAUACAGACACACUUUAAAAGUUUCCCGCGAAAAAAACAAUGGGCGAGAUUGGCAUAUAUGUUCAACAUAAUAUGGAAGAUGAAUGGUCAGAGAAGUGAUACGAAUCAAUCCUUAUCCCUAUGCACUAAAAAGAUCACUAACCGUAUCUAGUAAUUACGAUUUUAGGUGAUGAGACCUUACAAAUGGACACUCGCAAAGAAAAUGAUGAUUUGGAGAAAACUGAUACCUACUUCUCUAUUUCUCAAAAAAUUUGAACGUUAAAGAAGUAGAAGUAGAAAAUUUUUUCCAAAUACGAAAUACGGUACAACUUUUCCUAGUGAAAGAAGAUCAUGAAGCCUUAGUUAUGGCGACCAUUAACGUCAAAUAAAUAAAUCAUCCUUUUCUAUCGUAUAUGUAAAGCAGAUCAAAUAAAGAAAAGCGAAAGAUCUUAUUUCCGUGUUUUUCGUUCAAUGACCGUACGUAACUUACGUUAAUUAUAUACCAAAGUUUUUAAUGUUUUUUAUUAAAGACGUGAUAAGACACUGUUGUUUUUUUGUCUUCAUCUUUUAAUGGUAAAUUACAACUUUUACGUUUGCACGUCUUCACUUUGAUAGGUAUAUAAAGUUUAAUAGUGGUUUUUCAAAAGUAUUGUAUUUUGUCACGUUACAAGAAAACAGAAAAUACUAGUAAACAAGAUUUCAUGUAAUUUUAUAUAGCUAUACCUGCUACAUGUAGGAUUCUGUGCAAAAAUAGUGUAAAAUAAUUAUUAUAAUGUAGAAUAGAGUAUUUAUUAAUUAUUGUAAAUUAUAUGGACUUUGUAAAUAUACCACGCCUUCAUAAACC